AUGCGGGCUGCUGCAGUUACGGUCCGGCCCAGCAAGGCCCGGCCCGCCCGGGGCGCGGGCCCGGGGCCCCACGCGAGGCUCGACGUCCAGUUCCACGACACGGUGGACCCGCAGAGGCACGCCUUCUUCUCACGCCACCUGCAGCGCCGCGCCGAGGGCGACCGGGACGUGGUGGUGCUGCAGGACGUCAAGGACGUGGCCCUGUUCCAGGCGCUCGCCCCGUUGCCGGCCGACUUCCUGGACCUGUUCCACAGCCCGCAGGUCGACCGGCUGCUGCGCACGCUCGUCAUCUACCUCCAGUGCUACCUGCACGCAAGUACCCUCCACACUCGCAUGCUCGUCAUCUACCUCCAGUGCUACCUGCAUGCAAGUACACUACCUCCAGGGGCGCAGGCAAGGGUAUUACCCCCAACCCCCCUCUGA